AUAGCAACUGCCAAAACCACAGUAUAAAUACAAGUGUGUUUCCUUUUCAAGGUACUUCACUAAUAUUUCGUUACUGGUGAGAAAAGCUGAGAUAACCCAGUUCCAGUGUGGUAAGGAAGCUUUGGUUUUUGGUUGUGAUAAUGGCUCUUCGUGCUGCUUCUGUGGUUUCCUCUGCUUUCUCUGCUCCCAAGGAGGGAAAGUCAAGUGCUUCUUUCAAGGAUUCAAGCCUUUUUGGAGUCUCAUUCUCAGAAAAUCUCAAGGCUGAUUUCAGCUCUGUUGCACUAAGCUGCAAGAGAGAGUUCAAGCCAGUGAGGGCUCAAACAGCGGCCACAGCAUCCCCAGCUAUCAACAAGUCCACAUCAGAUGGGAAGAAGACUUUAAGAAAAGGCAGUGUAGUGAUCACUGGUGCCUCCUCUGGACUUGGUCUAGCAACUGCAAAGGCUUUGGCCGAAACCGGAAAAUGGCAUGUAAUUAUGGCAUGCAGGGAUUUCCUCAAGGCCGAAAGAGCUGCCAAGGCAGCUGGGAUGCCUAAAGAGAACUACACAAUCAUGCAUCUAGACCUUGCUUCUCUAGACAGCGUUCGGCAAUUUGUUGAUAACUUCAGAAGAUCUGAACGCCCCCUUGAUGUUCUGGUCUGCAAUGCUGCUGUGUAUUUACCAACUGCUAAAGAGCCUACAUUCACUGCUGAUGGGUUUGAACUUAGUGUUGGGACUAACCAUCUUGGACACUUCCUUCUUGCGCGGUUGAUGGUUGAGGAUUUGAACAAAUCCGAUUACCCUUCAAGGAGGCUCAUCAUUGUUGGCUCAAUUACAGGGAACACAAACACUUUGGCUGGAAAUGUACCUCCAAAGGCCAACCUUGGGGACCUGAGGGGACUUGCAGGGGGCGUAAAUGGGGUCAACAGCUCGGCCAUGAUUGACGGUGGAGACUUUGAUGGUGCCAAGGCAUACAAGGACAGCAAAGUCUGCAACAUGCUCACAAUGCAAGAGUUCCACAGGCGCUACCAUGAGGAGACUGGGAUAACAUUCGCUUCCCUUUACCCGGGCUGCAUUGCCACAACUGGCUUGUUCAGGGAGCACAUUCCCUUGUUCAGGCUUCUGUUCCCUCCAUUCCAAAAGUACAUCACCAAGGGCUAUGUCUCUGAAGAAGAGUCUGGAAAGAGACUUGCUCAGGUUGUGAGCGACCCAAGCUUGACAAAGUCAGGAGUCUACUGGAGCUGGAACAAGACCUCUGCUUCUUUUGAGAACCAACUGUCUGAAGAAGCCAGUGAUGCAGAAAAGGCUCGCAAGGUGUGGGAAGUCAGUGAGAAGCUUGUCGGUUUGGCUUAAAUAAGAAGUCGAUGUUCUUGUCAAGCAACAUUUGCCUUGGAGGAUGAUGUCACCAGAGAAUAGAUCAGUUCCAUUUGUAGAGUGCGGAGUUACAAUUCAAAUUCUCUGUUGUUGUUAGCAGUUUUUCUCGUGUGGAUGUCUAAUGGUUAGUUUCAAAAUGAAUAAAAUCACCCUCACCCCU